AUGGAAGAGGCCCAAGGGCACAUUGCGCAGAGAGCUCCGCAGAUGCGAGAGGAGGUCAGAUUAGUUCCUCUUGAUGUCGUUGGAGACGGUGCGGAUGGAGAUUCGGCUGCAGAGGAUGCAGGUGCCUUGGUUGAGUUGGGCAAAGCGCAGGAGGGGACAGCUCUGCAGAUACCAGUGCCUUCCUACGCUCUGCUGUGCCGCGUGAUUCCUGAGACAGAGGAAUGGCUCUGCCAAAACAUUCCGAGGGAUCACGUAGACAUGCUCCAAGCAUAUGUGAAGCUGAAUGCUUGUGGGCUUCUGCUGCUGGCCAACGCCGAGGCAAUCUACCAGGUAGCAAUUCGACAUGGAGAAAAGUUCACGGCACCUCCAGUGGUGUCCAGCCGACGAGCGCACUUUCGUUACCGCAUGCUGGCCCUUGGGCGGCUUCUGCACCGUGACAUCGGCUGCACUUGGUCCACGUCCAGGCAAACUUUGGCCUGGGGCCGGGAUACACUCCAGAAACUUCUUCGGUACAAGGUCUUUGCUCAAGAACCUUCCGUAGACACCAGGUUCCGCCUCCGGCGGCUUGCGCGAAGGGUUUCGGACAGGCAGGGAUCAGCAGCAGAUCAUGAGAUGAUCGAAAUGACCGUGGGUUAUCUCGAAGGAGCUCAGGCGGCUUUUGAGACCCUGAUCCCAGCGGAUGGCCGCCAAGGCAUGAGGGAAGAUUUGCUUCAAGCAGCUGCAGGAGGAGUUGUAAGAGCAGCUGCUUCUCAGGCUGGGCAUGUAGGAUUAGAUGUUAUGUUCGGUGGGAUCCUACGCAUCGGAUGA